AUGGAGCUGGAGGGCGAUCGCAAGAAGGUCAAGAACAUCAUGCUCAAUGGCGCCAUCGAGAUUGCUAAGGUCAUGAAGAAAACCAGAUUCGUUCUUGGGGAGUUCUGGCGUAUACCACAUAAGUUUACCAGGUACCAUAUUCGACCAUCACUUGGCAAAUGUGUUCUUAGAGGCCCUUGUGGAAAAAGAAGUGUGGAGCUGGAAAGGAGAAAGAAUGGCUUGUUCUUCCACAGUCAUGGUUGGCAUAGCUUUGUGAAGGAUCAUCUUUUACAAUUUGGCGACUUUCUGGUUUUCCAAUAUGAUGGUAAAUCAAAGUUUAAGGUUAAAGUAUAUGAUCGAACAUGUUGUGAGAUAGAUGUAGAAGUGCCCAAGAGGAGAAAUGGCCUUCCUACUGCUCCCUCAGUGAAUGAAGGCUACCAAUUAGCUUGGGUAAAAGAUGAAAUUCUUGAUGGCCUGGAAACCGAAAACUGCAAUAGUGACACUGAAAAUGCUGACAAGAGAAGGCGAAAUAAUUAUGGAAGGACGCCAAAGGUUGAGGAUGGUAAAGAAACAUCGACUAGACCCAUCAUCUUCAAAUCGGAGUAUUCAUGUUUUCAAGCAACUUUGAAGGGAAGGUGUUCACGAUAUAGGAUGGCUAUUCCAAAGGAUCUAGUCGUGUCCAAAGGGCUUAAGAGUAAGAAUACUGUAGAAAUUGAAGACUCAACUGGGAGAUUGUGGCCUGCGAAGCUUGUCAAAGGGAACUAUGUGUCCAUGUCAACAGGUUGGGGAGAAUGUUCUAAAGCCAACAACAUUGUUGUUGGGGACACCGUUGUUUUUGAGUUUGUUCAGCAAACUGUAAUGCGCCUUCAUGUUUUUAAAAAAGGUCUGGGAACAAGAGGAGGAAAUAAUGUCUAUUUCUGUGGUACUUGA